AAACGACGUGAAGAGAACGGACACGACGACUCGAUCGUUUUUCGGCUAUUGAAUAAUUAGUGCACUGAUUGUGUUUCACAUGAUAGAAAUUAUAAAAUAUAACAAAAUAGAACAUUACAUAACGGGUAUUGUGACUUAAAACCAAAAAGUCAACAUGGGAAAGGCUAAAAAAGGGAAGAAGAAUCAGACCGCUGAUGACGGUGAUAGUGAUGCUGAGACUACAACCAUUGAAAGUGUUAAACCAACCACUCAAAGUAAAAAAAAAGUCAUAGAUUCUGAUAAUAGUGAAGAUGAAAAACCUAAAUCAAAAUCUAAGCAUAAAAAAUCUGUUGAUGAAGAUGUGAAAGAAGUCACAAAAAAUAUAAAAAAUGUUUCUAUCAGCAAGUCUCAAAAGAAGAAAGAUGACAGUAGUGAAGAUGAAUCAGAUAAUGAAUCAGUUAAGAAGCCUAAAAAAGGCAAAAAAAAGGAAGAGAAGAAAAGUGCCUUUGCUCUUCUAGAAAUUGAAGAUGAAGGUGACUCACCAGUCGAAGCACCACCUUCAUCUGAUGAUGAGAAGCCUGUACAAAAAUCACAGAAAAAAUCUACACUGGAAAAAAAAGAGCCUGCCAGCAAAAAGGGUAAAAAAGCUAAAAGGAAAAAAGAUGAUAGUGAUGAUGAUAUUGAAAAGGUGCUAGCAGAACUUGAAAUGGAAUAUUCUGGGGUAAAGAAAGAACCUACACCUACAGCUGAUGUUGAAAAACCAGUAGAGGUUGUGGAAGAAAAACCCAAAACAAAGAAAAAGGGCAAGAAAGAAGACCAGAAAGAAGAACAAGAAAAAGACAUAGAAGAAAAGGAAGGUAGUGAUAAUGAACAAGAUGUAACUAUCAAAUCUGCUGCUCAAAAGAAAAAAGAAAAAAAGGAAAGAGAAAAGCAGAAGAAAUUAGAAGCCAAGAAAAAAGAAAAGGAACAAGAGAAGAAAGGUCCUAGUGAAACAGCAGUCAAGGCUCCUGAGAAAACUGAAAGCAAAGAAGAUAAAGAAGUUAAAGAGGAAGUAAAAGCUCCCUCUGAAGAAAAGGAAGCUGAAGGAGAUGUUACAGCUACAGAAGGUAAGAAGAAAAAGAAGGGAGACAAGGGUGAAAAAGAGGAUAAGACUAAGAAAGGACCUACUAAAAAGACUAUAGCUGCCAUGCAAGAAGCUCUUAAAAAGGUGAAAGAAGAAGAGGAGCGUCUAAAAAAAGAAGAAGAGGAAAGAAUACGACAGGAGGAAGAACGUGAGCGUCAGAGAUUAGAAGCUAUUAGAUUAGAAAAAGAACGUAAAGAAAGGAAAAAGCAAAAAGAAAAGGAGAGAAAAGAAAGACUUAAAGCUGAGGGUAAAUUAUUGACUCCUAAACAAAAAGCUGAGAAAGCCAGAGCUCAAGCUUUGUUGGAGUCAUUGAAAGCUCAAGGUAUUGAAAUUGGUUCAGCUGAAAAGAAACCACCUAGACCUGGUACGAGGAUUAAACCACAAAGGUUGAAGAGUCAAAUGUCACAAGAAGCACCACCAACACCAUCUGAGGAAAAAAAAAUUGAACUUAAAAUUGUAGAUAAGAAGCAGGAGGCUGCUCCUAAACCGGAAGAAAAGAAAAAAGAAUCUGACGAUGAUUCAGUGAAAGAUGCAUGGGAUGCUGAAUCAUCUGAGGAAGAAGCAGAACCUGAAAAUGUGAUACUAGAACCUGUAACACCAACCAAACAAGAUAAGAGACCUGCAUCGGAACAACAGAAAGGGAAAGAGCAAGUAGAAGAUGAUGAUAGUUCAGAAGAAGAAGAAGAUAGCUCUGAAGAAGAAUCUAGUUCUGAAGAAGACUCUGAAGAUGACCAAAUGACUGAUGCACAAAAGAAAAGGGAGCUAGUUUUAAAGAGAUUAGAGAAACGUCGCGAAGAAAAUGAAGCUAAUAAAGGGAACAAUCCUCUCCGCGCGGCAGUCGUUUGUGUGCUAGGUCAUGUGGACACAGGCAAGACUAAGAUCUUGGACAAACUACGAAGAACUAAUGUACAGGAUGGCGAGGCCGGUGGUAUUACACAGCAGAUUGGUGCAACCAAUGUUCCUAUUGAGAAUAUCAAGGAGCAAACCAAACAUGUUAAAGGAGUGAACGAAAUAGCCUUUAAGUUACCAGGGCUUCUGAUUAUAGAUACACCUGGCCACGAAUCUUUCAGUAACUUGCGUAAUAGAGGUUCAUCAUUAUGUGAUAUUGCUAUCCUAGUAGUCGAUAUUAUGCACGGGCUAGAACCACAAACAAUUGAAUCUAUUAACUUACUGAAGCAAAAGAAAACUCCUUUCCUUGUGGCUUUGAAUAAGAUAGACCGUCUGUAUGACUGGCAGAGUGUUCAGCGUAAAGAUGUGCGUGAUAUCCUCAAAUUACAGCAGCCUAACACACAAAUUGAAUUCGAGAAGAGAAGUAAAGAUGUUAUGCUUCAGUUUGCUGAACAGGGUCUAAAUGCAGCGUUGUUCUAUGAAAAUCCGGAUCCGCGCACGUACGUAUCGCUAGUGCCGACGUCCGCUGUGACCGGCGAGGGGAUGGGCAACUUGCUGGCCAUGAUCGUGCAGGCCUGCGAGGGACCCCUGCACAAGAGACUAGUCUUCUCUAAUCAACUGCUGGCCACCGUGCUCGAGGUGAAAGCCAUUCCUGGCUUGGGUACAACGAUCGACACUAUUCUUAUCAACGGAACCUUACGUGAAGGUGAUACAAUGGUGUUGGCCGGCACAGACGGACCUAUCGUCACUCAAAUACGAUCUCUUCUUAUGCCACAACCGAUGAAAGAACUCAGAGUUAAGAAUGCGUAUAUUGAGCACAAAGAAGUAAUUGGUGCGCAAGGAGUCAAGAUUGCUGCAAAGGAAUUAGAAAAAGCUAUUGCUGGAUUAAAUCUAUUAGUAGCUCAGAAACCGGAUGAAGUUGAUGUGCUCAAGGAGGAGGUUGCGCGGGAGUUGAAAUCGGCGCUGUCUUCUAUCAAGUUGUCUGAACGCGGUGUAUACGUCCAAGCGUCCACACUGGGCUCGCUCGAGGCCUUACUAGAGUUCCUGAAAGUUAGCAAAAUUCCUUACUCUGCAAUCAGGAUAGGUCCGGUUGUGAAACGAGACGUGAUGAAAGCUUCGGCCAUGUUGGAGCACGACUCGCAAUACGCGACCAUAUUAGCUUUCGAUGUCAAGAUUGAGAGGGAUGCUCAAGAGAUGGCGGACAAUCUAGGCGUCAAAAUAUUCUCAGCGGAUAUCAUAUACCAUUUGUUCGAUAAGUUCACUGCCUAUCGUGAAGAGUUGAAACAGAAGAAGCGGGAGGAAUUCAAACAUAUUGCAGUGUUCCCUUGUAAACUCAAGAUCCUACCGCAGUUCGUGUUUAACUCUCGUGAUCCAAUCGUUGCCGGCGUGAUGGUGGAAGCAGGUAUACUCAAGGAAGGAACGCCCAUUUGCGUGCCGAGCAAAGAAUUCGUGGAAUUGGGCAUAGUGACGUCGAUCGAAGUGAACCAUAAACAAGUGGAGACCGCUCGCAAGGGUCAGGAGGUGUGCAUCAAGAUCGAGCCGAUACCCGGCGAGUCGCCCAAGAUGUUCGGUCGACACUUCGACGAGACUGAUUUCCUAGUCAGCAAGAUAUCUCGAGCGAGCAUCGACGCUUGCAAGGAUUACUUCCGCGACGACCUCAUAAAAACCGACUGGCAACUUAUGGUGGAACUGAAAAAACUCUUCCAAAUCCUGUAACCCACCUUCCGAUUGUCAUCCUCACCCGUCAAAAAGACUUCAUACUACUCUCUGUCUGUUCCAUCUAACGUUAUUCGCAGUUCUAUAAUAGAAUCUCAUGGUAGUUUCUUUUAAGCAUGCGUUUUAAGUAUUUCUAUUCGUAGAAAGCCUAUAACUUUCAUUUUAAUAUUGCAAAAUAUAUCACCAACUAUUUGCCAUGUUUCUGUAUUUCUGUUUCUUUGUUUUAGUUGUUUAAAAAUAAAUUUGUUUUUAACUUAUUAUGCAGUUGUAUCAUGAGAUAUUGUAAAUAGUAUUAUUAUUAUACAUUUAUUUAUUACAGAGGGUUCCAUUGUGUUUCAACCUUUAGUAUCUUUAUGUUUGGACCUUUGAGGACAGAGAGGCGUGCAGGUGUUAUCUCGAAUAUACCCUUAUUCAUAAUACGUGUUCGAUGCAAUUAUAGGUUACAGCGCUUGUGAAUAUUCACCAGAAUUAUUAGGAGAAAGUUUGUAAAGAAUAUUAUAUUAUCACCGAGUCAUCUGUAAAUAUUCAUAUGGGUUAUUUACAAAAUUUAUAGUUGCAUGUAAAUAAUAAAGCAACUUGCCACUUUUAACAUGAACAGUGCAAUAAACGAUCUCGUUGAGUAAUGAAUGUGUCUUUGUAGAGCAAUGUCUGUUUUCUACGGUGCUUCUAAUGUAGUUUACAUAUACUGAUGUAUUCUAUGUGUAUCAACGUAGUUGUAAUACAAAUUAUAUAAAUUAUAGUAGAUUUUUUUCGACAUGAGGCACUGUGAUGUGUUUGGAGGUCGUAUAUUGUACUCGGCUGAUACCUAGUGACAUCACGUAUCCUUGUGUUUCGAUGUCGGUGGGUGGAUGCAGCGACGGCACGGACAAAGGUCCUUAGUCCUUAUUGAAGGUACAGAAGGUUGUAUUUUAUAUGUAGGUAUUUUUCCCUUUUUGAAAUGCUUUGUAUUAUAUAGAUGGAAUCGGACAUUAUUCUUAUAUUGAAGAAAUUUUAUUAAAUUACUC